AUGUUCAACCUAGAAAAUAGAAGAAGAUCCAAGUCACUUGAUGAUUUGAUUCCACAUGGAGAAGAAGCGUGUACAACCACUCCUAUUGUUAAAUUUAAAAGAAGGCACAGUCUAUGCGCAGAACCAAGAAAGUUGGAUUAUAUAAGACUUGCCAAUAUCUAUGGUUGGGUAUACGAUGCUGAUACUGAAGAAAACAAACCCCCUAUCGAAAACGAUCCUCAUGUAUUCGACCUCGUCUCCAAAGAUUCUUCACAUUUUAUUCAUUACGGCAAAAGCGACACCACUGUCACUUCAGCCACAGUCGAGAAACUAGUGGAGAAAUUAACUCGUGAAAUGGACAAUGAUUUUUUGAUGGACUUCUUCUUGACUUUUCGAGAAUUCAUUACACCCAUCAAACUCUGUAAACUAUUGAUACUUAGAUUUCGUUGGGCCUUGUUAGAGGAGAACGAUGAGCGAAGUCUAGUUCGUAUAAGAACCUUUGUCGUAAUUCGUCAUUGGUUAACACAUUAUUGGACUUUUGAUUUUACAGUAUCCAGAACGCUUCGAUUUAUGCUCUGUACCUUUCUAACUCAGUUACAAACACACACUGUCAUCCUUGCUUCACCACGCGAUGAACGCAUCAUCAAAAAUCUACGAACCGUCCUAAAAAAACAACGUAAAUUUUAUAAAGAUUGGUCCAAUCCAUCUGGCUCUCCUUCACGUAAAGAUAGUGCUAUCGCUAUUUCAUGCUUCCAUCCAGAGGAAGAAACCUGGACUGCAAAAGUAAAAAACUCACUUAAAAGAAACGUAGCCACAGCAUCAUGUAGUUGUAAAAUGAACAAUUCGGUCCAAAACUGCAUAAUACAUACACCCCUCAUCAGUGGCAAUCGCCUCUUUUUUUCUCGCCAUACCCCGUAUAAAUCAAUCCUACUUAAAUAUCGAUCUGAAAUCAUUGCCCAACAGUUUUGUAUCAUUGAAAAAACUAUGCUGCAAAAAGUCACAUGGGAUGAGCUGGUUGAAUUAAGGUGGAGAAAGAGAUCGUCCAAGAGGCAAUCAUUUAUUAUCGACUUGAAUGAUACAAGUCAAGGAGAGAAUAUUGGUGUCGAUCAACUGAUCGGUUAUUUUAAUAUGACAUGUCAAUGGGUGGCAUGUGAAGUUGUCCGUUCACACCAUAUGGAGACCCGUGUUAAAGUGAUCGAAAAACUCAUUCGUAUCGCACUGAAAUGCUACCACCACCGUAAUUAUAGCACACUGAUGCAGAUCUUGCUAGGAUUGCAGUCUCCUGCUGUCACACGUCUCGAAAAGACAUGGCAAAAGAUUGAUCACUGUCAACUCGAAUUAUUUAACCAGCUCAAAGAAAUGGCAAAACCCUUUCGAAAUUGGAAAAAUGUGCGUGACUGCAUGACUAAAGCGACUGAACAAGUGGCAGAGUCAUUUGCUGUAGAAAGUGUAUUGACCAACAGUGUAGAAGAUUUGCAUCAUACGGAUGGAGGUUGUAUCCCAUUUUUGGGACUCAUCUGUCGUCAAACAUGUGCUGGCCUUCCAAGUCCUUUCGCGAGCUUACGACUUCAAGUUACAGGCAACAUUAAAUGCACACUUAUUAUCCAUGUCUUUAUUGGAACCCUCGCAGAUUCGAGAAUCCAGCUUUUUGUGCGAAGAAUAAAAAAAACUACUCCCGACUUUUAUUAUUGCUACUAG